UAGGUUUUCAAAUUACACCCAAAAUCCCGCCAUUGUCAGUUAAAGCUUCUCUUACAAUCUCCUCUCUUCUAGCGUCUCUAACAAGCUGCAUAGGAUCUUCAUAUAAGAGACUUGUACCGAAUGGAAAGUAAUGGAGGAAGCUGAACUAGAGAAACAACGAAAUAUGGUGACAAGAUCAUCAAUCAAGAGAAAACCCUUUGCUAAUCUCACUAACAUCGUCCGUAAACCCUACCCAAUUUCUCCGUUCUCACAAUCGAAGAGACCCGGAUCUUCCACCGCCUCCGAUUCAAGUAUCGGAUCCACCCAAAACCCGAAUCAUGAAAACCAUCCACUUAUCAGUUCGCCGGACCAACCUCUUCUUUCUACAUCUCCGACACUCACGCCAGCUCGUUUGGUUGGUGAUGAGAUAUCAUAUACGCAAAGAAGGAGCACCCGGAAAACCUUACUCAAGGUGAAGGCUGAUGUGCCUUUUUAUCAGACAUCUUCCCAGGAAACAAGGAGCAAAACGAAGGAACUAUCUGUGCCUCUUUGUUCUUCUACAUUGGGGAACAGAAAUCAGUCUUCUAUACAGAAAACCACUUAUGAUGGGAAUAAGACGUUCAUGGCCCCUAAUUGCUUUUCAGUGGAGAAGAUUAAGGACAAACAGAAGGCAAUUGAUGUGUCAUCUAGUGCCCAUCAUAUGAAGAACACAAAGAAUAUCAUGGACACUCCUCUUUUUCAUUCUACCAUGAAAAUAAAAGAUAAAGGGAAAGAAAAUGCUGUUCAAUCUAGCUAUCCUCACUUGGAGAACACAAAUAUCAACUUGUCACAUUCUUCAAUGAAGAGAAAGGAUAAAGGAAAGUCAAUUGCAGUCCCUUUUAAUUAUCCUCCUAUGAAGACUAAGAUGAUGGAAGUUCUUGCACCUUCUUCUGGUGUGAACAUUAAGGAGAAAGGGGAAAGGGUUACAGGUUCUUCUACCCAUUUUGAUCAUUCCCAAAAAGAUGAAAGAAAUGUUGUUGUUACACCUCUCUAUCAUCGCACUCUGAAGAAAAAUAAAGAAAGUAGCUGUCCACCUCUUUUGAGAACUGCAAUCAAUAGGAAUCAAGGUGAUGAAUCAGAAGAUACAUUCCAAUCUAAGCUACAAACAGAGCCUCCUCCUAAUAAAAAGAAAAGAUGCUCAUCAAAGGAGAGUGGUGAAGAAUAUGUGCUACCACAAGAAUUUGUUGAGCAGCAAAGAGCUUACUUUAAAGAGAUUGAUGACUUUGAACUAGAAGUGGAGGAAGUAUGAGUAUAAAAGAGUAAUAACUUCAACUUGAUUAUUAUGAUAGGAGUUGCAUUAACAUGUUUUUAAGUUUCUUGUAUAGUCACACUUAACUAUGUCAAAAUCUACUGAAAGUAUCAUGUACUUGGUGUUGUGUGCUGACCAUUUUGCCCUUGUCAGUAGUUUUUACUUUUUAGAACAUGUUGAUUACAGUUGUGUAAAUUUGGUGGCUUGGUUGAAUAAAUUUUUGUUUUUAA